GAAGAUACGAAAAAUUGAGGCAUUCACAAAAUCGAAAGUAAGGUAGCGGAAGCUAGAAAGGAAAUUCCAAAUCGAAAUCGAAAAUGGCAGUGAUGGAGAAGUUGAAGAUGUUCGUUGUUCAAGAGCCUGUUGUCGCUGCUUCCUGUCUCAUCGCUGGCUUUGGUCUAUUUCUUCCGGCUUUUGUUAGGCCCAUGUUGGAUUCAUAUCAGGCAACCAAGCAACCUCCUCAACCUGCUUUAAGCGAUGUGGUUGCAGGUAUGACUGGUAAAAAAUAAAAGGUGAUUACUUGAGAGAUACAAAGUGCAAAUUUGCCAACUUCCUUGUAUGAACUUAUUUUAAUUCUCAACGUAAGAGAAAUAAGAGUACGGAAUAUCAGAUUUAGCUUCCCUUUCUGACGAUCUCUAUCUGUUCUGGAAUCAUUCAGUGAUUUCAUUUUAAUUUAGUUUGAGUUGGGUUGAAUGCCAGUUCAUCUGCCGCUUGAUUAAUUCUGCCUGUACUAGCAAAUACGAUUUCUGCAAUUGUUUCUAUGGGUCAAUGUGAAGGAUUUUUGGAUAAGUAAAUUUGAACACAA